CAGAAACAUAGUGUUCACAAUGCCCGUUGGAAUGCAAGCCCCUCAGUGGCUCCUGCUCCUAUUGCUUAUCCUGCCAACCACAGGCUCAGACCCUGUGCUCUGCUUCACCCAGUAUGAGGAGCCCUCUGGCAGGUGCAAAGGCCUACUUGGAAGAGACAUCAGGGUGGAAGAUUGCUGUCUCAACACUGCCUAUGCCUUCCAGGAACAUGAUGGGGGCCUCUGUCAGUCAUGCAGGUCCCCACAAUGGUCAGCAUGGUCCUCAUGGGGGCCCUGCUCAGUUACAUGCUCUGAGGGGUCCCAGCUGCGACACAGGCGCUGUGUGGGUAGGGGUGGACAGUGCUCUGAGAAGGCGGCUCCUGGAACUCUUGAGUGGCAGCUACAGGCCUGUGAGGAUCAGCUAUGCUGUCCAGAGAUGGGUGGCUGGUCUGAGUGGGGACCCUGGGGGCCUUGCUCUGUCACCUGCUCCAAAGGAACCCAGACCCGUCAACGACUAUGUGAUAAUCCUGCUCCUAAGUGUGGAGGCCAUUGCCCCGGAGAGGCCCAGCAAUCACAGGCCUGUGACACUCAGAAGAUCUGCCCCACACAUGGGGCCUGGGCAUCCUGGGGCCCCUGGAGCGCCUGCUCAGGAUCAUGCCUUGGCGGAGCUCAAGAACCUAAGGAGACACGAAGCCGCUCAUGUUCUGCACCAGCACCUUCACACCAACCCCCUGGGAAGCCCUGCUCAGGAACAGCCUAUGAGCAUCGGGGCUGUAGUGGCCUACCACCUUGCCCAGUGGCUGGUGGCUGGGGACCAUGGGGCCCUUCAAGUCCCUGCCCGGUGACUUGUGGCCUGGGCCAGACCCUAGAACGACGGACAUGUGAUCACCCUGUACCCCGUCAUGGGGGCCCCUUUUGUGCUGGUGAUGCCACUCGGAAACACGUCUGUAACACAGCCAUGCCUUGCCCUGUAAAUGGAGAGUGGGAGGCCUGGGGAAAAUGGAGUCACUGCAGCCGUGUGAGAAUGAAGUCCAUCAGCUGUGAUGAAAUCCCAGGCCAGCAGUCACGUUCAAGGAGCUGUGGUGGCCGCAAAUUUGAUGGGCAGCCAUGUACUGGGAAACUCCAAGAUAUUCGACACUGCUAUGACAUCCAUAACUGUGUCUUGAAAGGUUCAUGGUCACAGUGGAGUACCUGGGGUCUGUGCACACCACCAUGUGGACCCAACCCCACCCGUGUCCGUCAGCGACUCUGCACACCUUUGCUCCCCAAGUACUCGCCUACAGUUUCCAUGGUUGAAGGUCAGGGUGAGAAGAAUGUUACCUUCUGGGGGAUCCCACGGCCACUGUGUGAGGUGCUACAGGGGCAGAAGCUGGUGGUGGAAGAGAAACGGCCAUGUCUACAUGUGCCUUCCUGCAGAGAUCCAGAAGAGAAGAAACCCUAAAAUCCCUUGCCUCCAUUCUGACCCCCUGACCUUCUAAACCUCAAUAAACCAGCCUUUCUAGA